AUGACUUUGUCCCACUUUGGCUCAACAGAGACCCUCAAAGACCCCGUGGUUUCUGAGAACUCUGUCACCUCAAGCCCUACGCUCGCGCCUUCCGUGAAGAAGGACCUUUCCUUACCAUCAACACCAGCAGAGUCAAUAUACCUCGAAUGUCAAACUCCACCGCCAUCACCAUACCAUGUGUUCCCUCGAUCUCGCAAGUUAUUGAUAGUUUGCAUCGUCUCCUCCGCUGCCAUCUUCUCCCCGCUAUCUUCAAACAUCUACUUCCCAGCACUUUCAGAUAUUGCAGAUCAACUUGACAUCUCUAUAUCCCUGGCUACAUUGACGGUCACGAUAUACAUGAUCGUCCAGGGUGUUGCCCCGAGCUUUUGGGGCUCAUUCUCCGAUGUCUUGGGCCGUCGUGUUAUAUUCAUUGGAACAUUUGGCGUAUACAUUAUCUCGAACAUCGCUUUGGCUGUCUCUACCAACUAUGGCGAGCUCAUGGCGUUUCGAGCUCUGCAGGCUGCAGGCAGUGCAGCCACCAUCUCAAUUGGUGCCGGUGUUAUUGGUGAUAUCACCACCUCAGCGGAGCGAGGCAGUCUGGUUGGAAUAUUUGGGGGUGUCCGCAUGUUGGGCCAAGGAAUAGGGCCAGUCUUCGGCGGAAUACUUACCCAUUAUCUCGGCUUCCGAUCAAUCUUCUGGUUCCUGGUCGUUGCCUCCUCAAUCAGUUUACUCACCAUCAUAUUCUUCCUGCCCGAAACCCUCCGCCCCAUCGCCGGCAACGGGACCGUCCCCCUAAAAGGCAUCCACAAGCCAUGGAUCUACUCCAUCCGCGGACAGAAAGACGCAAAACAAGACUCCACACCAACCGAGAAGAAGACCAAAGUCACACCAAAAACCGUGCUAGCACCCCUCACUUUCCUCGCCGAAAAAGACGUAUUCAUCACCCUCCUCUUCGGCAGCAUCGUCUACACAGUCUGGUCAAUGGUAUCUUCUUCCACAUCCGCUCUCUUCGAAGAAAAGUACGGCCUGAACUCCAUGGAAGUCGGCCUGACCUUCCUCGGGAAUGGCUUUGGCUGCAUGUCCGGCUCCUACACAAUCGGCUACCUCAUGGACUUCAACCACAAGCGGACAGAACGUGAAUAUUGCCAGCAACAUAAUCUCCCCAUCGACACACGCAUCAACUCAAAAACCCAUCCGGACUUUCCAAUUGAGUAUGCGCGCAUGCGCAAUACUUGGUGGAUCACUGCUAUCUUCGUUGUUUGUGUCGCUGUCUAUGGAGUCUCGCUCCGGACGCACCUGGCAGUUCCGAUUAUUCUGCAAUUCAUCAUUGCCUAUGGCUCCACUGCUAUUUUUACUAUCAACAGCGCGCUGGUUAUCGAUCUGUACCCCGGUGCCAGUGCUAGCGCAACGGCUGUGAACAACCUGAUGAGGUGCUUGAUUGGCGCUGCUGGCGUUGCCGCCGUUCAGCCUAUGAUUGAUGCUCUUACUGCUCAGUUUGCAUUUGCUUUGCUUGCUGGCAUUACCGUUGCCAUGAUUCCUCUUCUUAUGGUUGAGAUGAAGUGGGGAUAUAAGUGGCGUCUUGAGCGGUAUGAGCGUUUACAAAAGGGCAGAUCGGGUUGA